AUGUACCACCAAGCUCCGCCGGCAAUCAACUUGGCCUAUGGCUAUGAGGACGUGAGUUUUUUCAGUCGAUCUAAUAGGUUUUACUGAUUAGAAGACCAUAACUGAGGUCUUAGAGCAAAACGAGCUAGAUCAGAAAAUAUUCAGACGAACCAAUUUGGAUCCGGAUCCGCUUCGGCGUUCACGUCUGUCGUCAGGUUAUCCGCAACUCGUCAGUCCAGCACUCCUCAAUCGGACCAAAACCUUCCCCGUCAGCAUAAUCAGACUAUUCGAGAGAUCCCAAUUAAAAAAGAGCUCGAGGUUGUGAAAGUGGAUGAGAUCAUUUCGGAAAUGAUCAAGGCCGAAGUAAAAGCAAGUCGGGUGGAAUGGGAGAAGGAUAUGAAGAAGAACUACGUCUCAAAGAGCCUGUUCGAAGAACAGACAGUACUAUUGUUCAUGUUCCGACGACUAUUGGAGAACAACAAAAAACUAUUCAAGAGUCUGUCGACGAACUGAAGGCGUCAACGGUUCGACAGAGCUCAUUUGACGAGCAGAUCAGUUCGUUCUCUUCUGAUCUCGGUGAUCUGAUCAGUUCGUCGAAAAAGGAGCUGUCGGAUACCUUCGAGGCCAGCAAGGAGGCGCUCGAAGCAAGCAAAAAACACUUCAGUCAAAUCGAAGCUCAACACGAAGAAUUAGUCAAGCUUCUUUCAUUGGUACACGGUCUCCAGAGCUUACAAUAGGCGCAAGUGCGCCCCGCCCAAUAGAGCGAUACAUUGGCGCGAAAUUCAAAUUUUAACAGCCAAAUUUGUGUUCUUUGCCAGAUUAGCCACGAAAAACCGCCAAUUUCUCAUUUGUCUCUCGAUAGACCGAUUGUAUAGGCCAUUACGAAUUUUUUUAAGCGCUAGAGCGUUAAAUUUGGUCAAGUCGCAAAUCACAUUUAUCCGUUUGAAUGUUUUUGGCUAAAACUGCGUGAAUUUCAGUUGCUUUUCGGUAAUUUUCGCGGUUCGAGCGCUCAAAAUGCUUGUAUUCACGUGAUUUAUCAUUCUUAAAACAAAUUCUGUCGGAAAACGGUCAAGAAAGCGCAAAAUGAGAAGUGCGGUUUUUAGGCGGCUAUCGGCGGCGAAGGCGAAAAAGCAAAGUUCGCGAAAAUGCGCCAAAACGUCAUUAAUUCUGAGAAUUAGUGUGUUUUCAUGUCGAACAAUCAUGUUUCAUCGCCUUUGACCACAAAAAUCAGAGAAAACCUGCUCAAUUCAUGAAAACGCCAUUUGGCCGAGGCCACGCCCAUAUUGUCAGCUCUGGAUACCAUGGGUAAGGUAUUGGGAAAUUCGAAAUGAAAUCAAGUUUUUGAGAAAACUUCUGGAACAAUUGAGGUGAUAUAAAAUAGUCUAAAAAUUUAUUAUAAACUUUCAAAAUGGGCACAAGUUGAUCAGAUUAUUCGAGGCUACCCCGGAUCAGAACCGAUCAAAACAUGACUUCAUGUAACAAAAACCACCAGCCGAUCGGUUCUGAUUCGGCACAGUUCUGAUACUGAUUCGGCACAGUUCGGACACUUUUGAUUCGGGGUAGCCUCGAUUAUUCGUGAUGAGUACUGUAUAUUUGAAGAAGCAGCAAGGAAUUGUUCAAAGUCGUUUCGAGACCCGUCCGGCGGCAAAAAUUGGCGACCGCCAAUUUUAAAUUUUAAAACCUCAUUGCUUUCCGAAAUUUCUUUGAGUCUCGUUUCUUGCGCGGCUGUUUGUCGGAAAAGUUUUUCCUCAGUUACUAAUUGACAUCUGUUUCGCAAAAUUCAAAAGUUUCUCACUUUUUUUGUGUCGUUUCUUCGUAAAAAGAGGCUAAAUUUCGUGUUCAGAUCGAUAUGGACGAGUGCCUGAAAAUGCUCACCUUCAUCGCCGCCCACCAGCAAUCCGUGGAAAAAAAUGCCGCACAGGUUAGUUGCGAAAGUUUGUUUUUGUGAUCAUGUUUAUUGUUUCAGGUUUACAAUGAAUGUCUUCUGGAAGGAUUCAGAAGACAAUCAAUGUACAUGCCGUGCCCGAAUCCCCUCCAGAUGCCAAUGCCUUCGUACGGUUACGCAGAGCACACCAAUCUGGGCCCGGAAAUCGCUCGGUUCAUGUCGCCGAGUCCACAAGUGAGCGGAUUUCAGCCAGAUUCCCUCAGAAAAGGUUUAUUUUCAGGCGACGAUUCACGAACACAGUGCCAGGAGCAGUCCUCUCGCGUUUGGCACCCAGCCAAUCCCUGCGAUCCCUUUCGGCUCGUUCAGUUGCACAAAUUCUCCGCUCGACAGAUCGAAUGGCGUGGGACCUCCUCCGCUUUUCUGGAACAUUCCGCCAAUGGAGCAGAGGCGCGCAAUGUCUUUGGUGAGUUAUCUUUCCAGAAACCACCAAGAAUGUACUCUUUUCAGCCGGCUUUACCGAUUCCCUUGUCCGACAGACCAUCGUUACUGGUCACAUCGCCCACUUCGGAAUACAGCACAACGUGCUCAUCCCCUGAAUUCGUCUCCAAUCCGUCUCCAAUCACUCGGCCACUGACGCAAUUUCCACUCGGUCAUGUUACGGAUUCUGACGAAGAAAAGCAGACGCCGAAAAACCGCAGAAAACGGAGAAAUUCGGCGAGUCAGAAGGAUAAUCAGACGACAAAGCGAGCGAAGAAGGUCAAAGAGUCGAAGAUGUCAGGAACCAGCGAAACGGACACAACUGAAUCGGACGGGAGCCCAUGGUCGUCUCCGAUAAUACAAAACGAGGAAAGUCCGAAGCCGAUGGACGUGAAUCUGAAGGACAACGUGCUCCGCUGGCAACAAGGCGGCCGAAAGAUCACGCUGAAGAUGAUGAAAUAG